AUGAAAGGUAACUGGCUUUUGGUUUGGAGUGCCAUCUUGUUGGCACACACAGUGCACGGCUGCCCUGACAAAUGCCUCUGCUACACAGCCUCAAAGACUGCAGACUGCAAGAACAGAGGAUUUACUGAAAUUCCUGCCCAUUUACCUGCUGAAAUUCAGAUCCUACAGUUGCAGAAUAACCGUAUCUGGAGAAUCAACCAAAAUGCGUUCACUGCAACACCGUUACUCAAAAUCUUAGACUUGUCGAACAACUCUCUCUCAAGUGUGGCACCUGGUGCUUUCCAAAAACUAAGAUAUCUACAAAUUUUAAACCUAACCAGAAAUAUGAUUCAUUAUAUAGAAAACACGACUUUCAGUUUCCUCCCACACCUAAAAGAACUAGACUUGUCAUCCAACAGCAUUAUUCGAUUGCCUGAGACAUUUGGAAACAGCACAGGGAAUAUAACAUUGCUCUCUGUGAAGCAUAACAAACUUCAGAAAAUGGAAAGAAUUCUGCUGGAGUCACUUCCAAACCUGAAAGUGGUUCUCUUCAAAGAUAAUCCCUGGCAAUGCAACUGUAAUAUCUUUGGCCUGAAACUGUGGCUGGAGAGUUUUCUAUACAGAGGAGGAAUAAGCGACGGCAUUAUCUGCUCAGCGCCGGGGAUUCGGAAGGGGAAGGAUCUCCUCAAAGUUCCCUACGAGCUCUUUGGGGCAUGUUCUCUGAGGACAGCUCACGUGCACCUGGCCAGCAGCCACCACCACCCCCACCACCACCACCAGAGCUCGGAGCACCGCGGCUCGCAGAAGCACGGCCACCACGGCGAGCUCGGGGACGGCGGCCGCGCCGGCUGCGAGCCCAAGGCCAGGCCCAGGCCCGUGAGCCUGCGCCACGCCAUCGCCACCGUCGUCAUCACCGGGGUCGUGUGCGGGAUCGUGUGCCUCAUGAUGCUGGCAGCCGCUGUUUAUGGCUGUGCUUAUGCUGCAAUUACAGCCAAAUACCACAAAGAACACUCGGCCCCGGCCAGGCAGCACGCGACUCCCGAGAAAAAGGAGCUGUUCGAGAGCUCCUUGCCUUGAGUUGCUUCUGUCUUUGGCUUCUUGAAAAUAAAGCCCUCGCUGCUUUAUUUAUCGCCUGGAACCUCAACAGUGUUGUUUUAAUAGAAAUUACUGGGGUUCUUUUCUUUUUUUUUUUUUUUUCUCUUUUUCAUACAUUUUAAAAAUGUAAGUAUAUCUAUUGUUUGGAAUAUCCACUACGACUUUACAUAGAGCAACAGAAGUUCAUUUAUUCUGUGUAUGUAUAUUCCAAAGCCACUACUUAGGGUUGAGUGCUUGAGAUCACAAAAUCUUGAUGUAGCGAGUUUAAAGUAUUUCACCAUCCUACACUAACUCUUGAUGCAGUAUUAGACCAACACAUGACCUAUGGUGUGUAAACCUACAAUCAGUGG